CGGUUUUCCCUCAAGCAACGUGCCAGACUGUGUACUGUGGGCAGGGCGUUGUGUGAAAUGAACCAGAAGUUAGAUUUAAAAGGUAAAAAAAGAGUUCACGUACAGCUAUAUAAAUAAAUAAAUUGAACUUAAGGAUAUGACCUAACGACGUAACUAGUGAGUAAGAGGAUCACCUCAUUCAACAGAACGACAUCAUCUGUGCAGUGAGCACUUUCAUUAUUCAUGGUGAAGUUUUAACUGGAGAACGAGAAUUUGUACAUAUUUCACGCAGUGCCAAACAAAUGCCAAGACUCGACGGACAUUUUUGGAGCUGCUCCGGGACCCAAGAACAAUCCAAGAGCCAGUCAGCUGCCACAAGUCGCCUCAGGGCUCCCAGAACUGGAGAUAUGCUUACUCUGAUCACAUCCAUCCUAAACCAGGCAUACGGCUCCUUGCUCAAUCUGCAAACCGCUCAGUUGCUUAGACGAGGCUUCGUGCUCUUCACCGUGGGAGUGUUAUUCGCUCUUGUCUUAAAUCUGCUGCAAGUUCAACGAAACGUGACUCUCUUUCCUGAGGAGGUCAUUUCCACCCUCUUCUCCUCUGCCUGGUGGGUCCCCCUCUGCUGCGGCACCGCUGCGGCUGUUGUGGGCUUGUUGUAUCCUUGCAUAGACAAACACCUGGGAGAACCGCACAAGUUCAAGAGAGAAUGGGCAAGUGUCAUGCGAUGCAUCGCUGUCUUUGUUGGUAUCAACCAUGCUAGUGCAAAAUUGGAUUUUGCCAACAACAUUCAGCUGUCGCUCACAUUGGCUGCUCUGUCACUAGGGCUGUGGUGGACAUUCGAUCGCUCCAGAAGUGGAUUUGGCCUUGGAAUUACAAUAGCUUUUCUUGCUACUUUGAUCACACAAUUUCUUGUGUACAAUGGUGUUUACCAGUACACAUCACCAGAUUUCCUUUACAUCCGUUCAUGGCUGCCAUGUAUAUUUUUUUCGGGUGGAGUUACAGUUGGCAACAUUGGAAGACAACUUGCUAUGGGCGCACAAGAGAAGCCUCACAAGGACUAAAAUAAACAGGGACACUGUCAGUUUGGAGAAAAUCCGAAAUGCUGAAUCUUAUUUCUCUCUGCACAAAUCCCAGCAUCAAGAAGUUGAACCAUUAAGUUGAGCCAUGCUGUGUGCGUGUAGUGUUCGCAAGGAGAAGCUGGUGUAUAUCCUCAUUAGUAUGACUUGAACAUGUUCACCUGAACCAAUGAGACAAGAAGCUUAAAGCAGUUCAGUGGUAUACUUCAUGUGGAUCUAAGUGCCAAUCUUUAAGGGGUAUUAAUGAAUCUUGGGCCAAAGUUUUAGCUUAAAUGCUAGCUUUCAAAGUGAAAGCAGUGUUGUUCACUUAGUGUACUGCUUCUGUAUUUUAGAGAGUACAGUAAUUGUAUUCCUUUCUUACAAGGAUUGGAAAGUGGUAUUUAGUGUACUGCUUCUGUAUUUUAGAGAGUACAGUAAUUGUAUUCCUUUCUUACAAGGAUUGGAAAGUGGUAUGCUUUGUGCAAGCAUGCCUAAGGAAAUGACAAGAUAAUGGUGCUAUAUUCUGGAAUUUGUGCAUGGAUUUAAAUUGUACAGGAAAGGGAAUAUCCGGCUAUGCAAAAAUGUCUGCAUGUAUUAAUAGUGAAACUUUAAAAUAGUAUAUGCAUAUCAUUUUUAAUGGACCUUCAUUAAAAAUACUUUAGGAUUUUCCUAACAUAAGUAUUUUAAAAUUACUUGUUGGAUCAAAGUCAGGGUGUUCCUAUGGAUACUACCCUAGGUUCUUGUCUAUAAGCCGGACUCAUGUAUAAGCCGGAGACCAAAAAUCAUAGGAAUUUUUUAAAUAAAAUCGUAUCAUAGAUAAGCCGGACUCAUGGAUAAGCCGAACGUACUAUAACCUAUAACUAAUAGAAGGGAGGGAGGUCAGUGGUCUCACUCGCACCCAUUUAAUUUCUUUAAGGGGGGAGAGAGUGUGAGAUAUUGGCGUCUCUCUCACUCCCCGCAUGGCGCGGUUGGAGCGGCCGGAGCGCGUUCUUUCUGCUCUGGGCGUCGCCGAGUCAACACGCGCGCGUAGCGGUCAUUUAAAUUGUGAUUUUAUAUGUAAGCAUAUUUAAAUAUAUAUCGCGGAUUUUUUGCUGGUUCGCGGAUUUCUGACGACAAUGGGUCUUUUAAUUUCUGGUACAUGCUUCCUCAGUUGGUUUGCCCAGUUGAUUUCAUACAAGGGACGCUAUUGGCAGAUGGCUGAGAAGCUACCCAACUUACUUUUCUCUGUCUCUCUUGCGCUGACUAUCUGUGAUCCUGACGUAUGGGGAUUGAGCAGGGGGGCUGUUUGCACACCUAGACGAUAUGGACGCUCGUCUAAAAAUGCUGAAAGAUUAUCUUCACGUUGCUAUCUUUUGUAAAGCUUAUUCCUGAAAAGACAUGCUGCACAGUGCUUCGCAUACUUAAAAGCUCGAAGGGCACGUAUUGAUUUUUGACUGAAAAACAAACUCUGUCUCUCUCUCUCUUCCUGCUCCUGACGGAGGGGGUGUGAGCUGCCGCCUUCAACAGCUUUGUGCCGCGGUGCUUCGCAUACUUAAAAGCCAAACAGACAUAUUGAUUUGUUUGCUUCACUCCUUUGAAGAGGAAGAUAUGUUUGCAUUCUUUUAAUUGUGAGACGGAACUGUCAUCUCUGUCUUGUCAUGGAGCACAGUUUAAACUUUUGAAAAAGAGACAAAUGUUUGUUUGCAGUGUUUGAAUAACGUUCCUGUCUCUCUACAACCUCCUGUGUUUCUGCGCAAAUCUGUGACCCAAGCAUGACAACAUAAAAAUAACCAUAUAAACAUAAGGUUUCUACUUCACGGAUUUUCUUAUUUCGUGUGUGGCUCUGGAACGCAACCCCCGCAAUGGAUGUAUAAGCCGGACUUACGUAUAAGCCAUCCAUCCAUCCAUUUUCCAACCCGCUGAAUCCGAACACAGGGUCACGGGGGUCUGCUGGAGCCAAGCCCAGCCAACACAGGGCACAAGGCAAGAAACAAUCCUGGGCAGGGUACCAACCCACCGCAGGACACACACAAACACACACUAGGGCCAAUUUAGACUCGCCAAUCCACCUAACCUGCAUGUCUUCGGACUGUGGGAGGAAACCGGGCCGCCCGGAGGAAACCCACGCACACGGGGAGAACAUGCAAACUCCACGCAGGGAGGACCCGGGAAGCAAACCCAGGUCCCCAGAUCUCCCAACUGCGAGGCAGCAGCGCUACCCACUGCGCCACCGUGCCGCCCGUUAUGUAUAAGCCGAUAUUCUAUUUUUUCAUUUUCACAACUUUUUUCCUUAGAUAAGCCGCGGCUUAUAGACAAGAACUUAGGGUAUUACUUUUGUUAUGCUUUAAUAUUAUCUUUUAGUCUUUCUUGUAAUGUGUACUCUGAAAACCUGUUACAGUGAUAUUCACAAGUCCAAGAGGUUUGUAGUGACAUCCUUGGUGAAGCUCUCUUAGCACUUUUGACUUUUUCUAGUUGCAUUAUAAUCCUGUUUCUUUAUUACUUGAUGUCCCUUGUAAGUAGAAGCAGUUUGAAAUUGAAAAGCACCCCUCCAUUUCAGCUUAACAUAACUUAGGCUGAAAUUGAAAAGCACUCCUCCAUUUCAGCUUAACAUAACUUAAGUAAAUAGGAGUUUGUCAGUUCUUUCUAACUGAAUGCCAUCCUUCCUUUUCAGUGUAAAGCAUUAAUAGGAACACAAGAUAUUUUUGCAAAGCCUUAGAUGAUCUGCAGUCUGUGAUUGCAUUUGUAAAAAAAAAAAAUGAGUGACUUUGUCACUACUGAACUUUUAUCAUCUGUAAAUAAAAUGUUAUAUAAAUAUUACUCCACAGCAGCCAAUGGUUGGUUUCAUGAUCUUAUUGCCAUAAUGGGCCUAAAUAGCAAGCUUUGGGUCUCUGUGCAUAAAGUGCAAUCUACGAAGUAUCUGAGCCUUGUAUUCUCUUAUUUAUUCUUUUCACCAUUUUUGUCUCUUUGAAAUAAGCAAAAAAAUUGUAUUAACUCAUAUGUUCGAUUGUUAAAUCUAAGCAAUAAAAUCAUUGUAUUUGUUGUUAUAA